UAACGUUGCCUACGCCUUGCUUCUUUGCGACCGUAGAAGUAUAUGACUUAAUUCGUUUCUCAUUAAUUGCAGAUAUAUUGUCGGUAUACGAAAGUCGAUAUUUUCUCAUAUAAACAUGUACAGUAUUUAAGCCUUAAUAGUUUGUGAGGCUUACACAUUUGUAUAAGGAGUAUUUCCGGGGUACUUUUGUAACUUGGAUGCAUAAUACACCGUAACACCGAGAGAGUUCUGUACCUGCUGACCUGUCGACGGGCCCCGCUUUUUAAUGGCCACUGCGGUGCUUGUAGCCGCUGUUGUCGGCGGUGGGGUAUUGUUACUCAUGCGCCGGUUAUUCCCUCGGCAGGCAGCUGUGAAACUGCUCCGUUAUCCGGCCGACACUAUGCGAGGAAAGACGGUUAUCGUGACCGGGGCUAACUGCGGGAUAGGAAAGGCCUUAGCCGGGGAGCUGCUGAAGCUCCGUGCCCGAGUUAUCAUGGCCUGUCGGGACCAGCCGAGCGCCGAAGAGGCGGCCCGGGACAUCAGAAAACAAGCAGGACAAGAGCAGGGGGAGGUCGUCAUCAAACACCUGGACCUCGCUUCUCUCAGAUCAGUACGGAAAUUUUGUGAGGAAAUUAAUGAGGAGGAAUCCAAGAUUGACGUGCUCAUCAACAAUGCAGGCCUGUACCAGUGUCCCUACACAAAGACAGAGGAAGGGUUUGAGAUGCAGCUAGGUGUCAAUCACCUGGGCCACUUCCUCCUCACUCACCUCCUGCUGGACCGUCUGAAGUCCUCCACUCCCAGCCGCAUCGUUGUGGUUUCCUCAAAGCUUUACAAAUACGGCCACAUCAACUUUGAUGACCUGAACAGUGAGCGUAACUACAACAAGUCCUUCUGCUACAGUCAGAGCAAGCUGGCCAACCUGCUGUUUACACUGGAACUUUCCCGCCAGCUGGAGGGCACAGGGGUCACGGUCAAUGCUCUUACCCCGGGCAUUGUGAGGACCAGACUGGGCAGGCAUGUUCAAAUCCCUCUCCUUGCAAAGCCCCUCUUCUACCUCGCUUCGCUACUUUUUUUCAAGAGUCCUUUGGAUGGGGCCCAGACGCCGCUCUAUCUGGCCUGCUCCCCCGAGGUGGAGGGAGUGUCGGGGAAGUGUUUCGCUAACUGUGAGGAGGAGCAGCUGAUGGAUAAAGCCACAGAUGAGCAGGCUGCCAAGAGACUGUGGGACAUCAGCAGGAGGAUGGUCGGCCUCGCUAACUGAGCAGAGUCCUGCUCUGUGGACUUGGAGUUAUCUGGUCCUGGACAGAACCGCCUCUGUCCAGGACCACGUAAUUGUCUUGGAUUGUAUCCAACUGCAACCUUGAGGAUUUAGCUGAUAAUUGAACAACAUAUUGUGCCAAUGAAGUGUUUAAAUGAAGUGUGUGUGUGAGCAGGAGUGUACAUUUCAGUGUGAUAAUCAGAGAGUGUGUACAUUUAGGAUUUCUUAAAAUUCCUGUACAUUGCUGGUUCAAACAAAGAUGCAUUGCUGUGUGAAAAUCUCUCUCUCUCUCUUCAUGAACUUUAACUACAAUAAUAAUCCCGAUUAACACAUGUUCAUGUAAAAAGGGAAAUAAAACUACAUGGUGACCUCUA